GCUUCAUCAGUUUCUAGCUUCUACUCUCUUAGAAGCUUUAAUUUCAAAUUAACAACAAUGGAAGACGUGUAUUAUUCGGCAUUGAUUUGCCAACAGAGAGAUGAAGAAUUGAGGCAGAAGCUUGAGGAUGCAAAACAUGAAAUUGAAAUCUUGAAGAAUGUGAAGUUGGAACUCUUGAAUAUGUUGAACAUGGCAUACCAAGAGAGGGAUGAAGCAAAGUUUCAACUACAGAAAGUAAUUAACAAUUUCAUGCCAUUUGAUGCCAACAAUAACAAUUAUUCUUAUUCAAGCAUCACAGAAUCCAAGAGUGUGUCACAUGAUUCACUAGAUUCUCCUUUCUUUGACACUGUAUCUUCUCCUGAAUUCUCAAACAUCAACAAUGUAGUUGUUGAUUCUUCCAACAACAACAACAACAUGGGGCAUUAUCUAUAUCAGAACAUGGUUCAAGUUCAAGACAGGAAUUUCUCAAAACAUGAUCCUGCUGCUGAGAUUAUUGAUUUUCUUGCCAAAGGUAGAGUCUUGCCUCAAAAGGGUAAGCUCCUUGAAGCUGUGCAAGAAUCUGGUCCAUUGCUUCAUACCCUUCUCCUUGCAGGGCCACUUCCUAAUUGGAGAAACCCUCCACCAUUGCAACAAAUCAAUGUUCCACACUUAACCAUCAAUGAGGAUUAUUCUGUCAAUUCUAAUUCCUUUGUAGAACAUGGGAAUUCUUUAUUGCUGCAGCCAAAGCUCCUUCCAUCAUCACAAUCCUUAGUGUGUUCUUCGAAUCCUCUAUCGGCGUGUUCGGCUUUUAUGCUCAACUUUGAUGGCACUGCUGGAUCAUCAUCAUCAUCAUGGAACAAUGCACGGCAAUUGAGUUCAUCAAGUCCUAGUGUUAGGUUCCAAAUUCCUUCAAGGAAAAGGCAAAGGCAUCAAUGAGCUUAAUUAAUUUCUAUUUUUGAGAGUUUCAUUCCCAGAGUCCUAAUUUUUCCACUAUGUAAAUGAAGUUAACAGCAAUCAAUGUAAAUGUCAUAUCUUGCAUUUGAUUAUUGGCAAUAGAUUUUGG